AUGGAUACCAAACCCGCGUCACUCACAGAUGCUGCACGCUUAGAGCAACUUGGGUAUAAACAGGAGCUAAGAAGAGCUAUGGGACUUGUCAGCUCUUUUGGGAUUGCUGCUUCGAUUGUGAAUCCUACAGUUGCUUUCUUUCCUGCUAUUGCCGUUGCAAUCACCACGGGCGGUUCAAAGGCGUUGUUGAUCUCUUUCCCAAUUGUCACAAUACUAUGUUUCUUUGUGUCGAUGUCUAUGGCUGAAAUCGUCUCUGCAUACCCAACUUCUGGUGGAUUAUACUACUGGAGUGCCAAUUUAGCUGGUCCUAGAUGGGCGCCUCUCGCCUCAUACAUCACUGGCUACUUCAACUACAUUGGUCUAUCAGGAAUAACCACUGCAGUGGCCUUCAUAUUUGGCCAGCUAUUCGCCGCGUUGUUAUACGUCAGUGGCACAUUCGAUGGAGAUACUGCUCUCAUCACAUAUCAAGAAGCAGUUGUUGCUGGUGCUCUCAUCUCAAUCAUCCUGUCUGCCAUCCUGUGUUCAUUCCCAGCCAAUGUGCUUGACAAGAUCAGUAAAGUUAUGAUUGUGGGAAAUCUGAUUGCUUGGCUUAUUCUUGUUAUUGCCACUCCAGUCGGUUUCGUUCGUAAUGGUGGAACCCUAGUCACUCCCACCGCCAUGUUCAGCGAAUGGAUUAACGUUACAGGCUUACCUGAUAGCUGGGCUGUCUGCGUCGCCUGUCUCGCAUCCUGCUUCUUCUAUACCGGAUAUGAUUCAGCGGCCCACAUGGCCGAGGAAACUCAAAAUGCUAGUCGAUCAGCUCCUUUUGCUAUCAUGCUCACCGUCGCUGUCGGUCUACCAAUGGGAUACCUUGUAAUCUGGGCUCAACAAAGUGUCUUGCCUCCAGACUUGUGGGAAGUUUAUCUUGCUCCAAACUCUACAUCCAUUAUUGUUGAUGUGUGGGUUAAUAAUAUGGGCGCCAAUUGGGCUUACUUCCUCACCGUCUUAUUGAUGCUACAAGCUCUAACUGUGGUAGUAGGCUGUCUCGCAACUCAAGCCCGAAUUCUAUUUGCAUUCGCUCGUGACGGUGCCGUACCUGCCAGUAACUGGCUUCACUCUCUAACUGCUGCCAAGGUUCCACUCAGGACCAUGCUCGUAUCGGCAGUCUUCUCAUUCAUCCUGACUCUGCCCGUGUUCGGUUCAACCGUCGCAUAUAGUGCUCUAGUUGGGUUUGCUACCAUCGGAACUUAUUUGGCUUACGCAUCUCCUAUCUUCCUUCGUAUUCUACGAGGAAACAAAAUGCCUAAAGGGCCAUUUUCUCUGGGAGUCUUUGGAUUACCUGUCGCAAUCAUCGCCUUCCUAUUCUUAACAAUCGCAUCGGUUUUCCUGUGCCUCCCAACAGUCCUCCUUCCCAAUCCCAAAGACGGCUUGACUGCCUACUUUGCCGUAUUCAACUUUGCUCCAAUCAUGGUCGGCAUCAUUGUAGUUCUCAUGGCUGUGUUUUGGAUCUUUUACGUCCGAUUUUGGUUCAAAGGCCCCAAACUUGAAAUCCAUACUGCAGAGAACUUUGGUGCUGAGGGGAUUGCUUAUGAUGCCAAGUUUGGUGAUAUGGACUUGUCUCAAGCUCAUGCUAAAGUCUAG